AUGGCGGCCUCUAACCCGGAAGUGACAGAUGUCUGUACUUUUGCGACUAAGGACUUGGACGAUGUGGCCCGGCACUCCGUGGGACGACUCCGACAGGACGGGUUCUGUGUUCUGGACGGUCUCCUUGACGACGAUCAGAUAGACCGUAUCCUGGAGGACGUCCGGCGUGUGGACGGGUCCGGCGGGAUGAAGGCAGGCGAGCUGGCGGGGGGCAGGACGAGCGGGGAUGACCGGGAGAAGAGGACCAAGUCCGCCGUGAGGGGAGACAGGAUCAUCUGGCUACAGGGGACUGAACCGGACUAUCCAAACAUCGGCACGCUCAUCAACUUCAUCGAUACUCUUGUCGGGAAAUUCAACCGCUACUUAGAGGGAGAAACGGUCAUCAAAGGAAGGACUAAGGCGCAGGUAGCCUGUUACCCUGGCAACGGAGCGGGGUACAUCAGACACGUGGACAACCCGUGCCAGGACGGGCGGAGAAUCACGGCUCUGUUCUACCUCAACAGGCGGUGGGACGUUCAGACGCAAGGCGGCAACCUGCGCCUGUUUCCCGGGGAUAAGGACCAGUAUUUAGACAUCGCUCCUCUCGCAAACAGGCUUCUGCUCUUCUGGUCCGACAGGCGGAACCCGCACGAAGUGCAGCCGGCAAACGACAUGAGGUCGGUAAAACUCCGGACGGAUGUGAAAUAACGAGCGCCAUGGAUAUUGUUUAAAAAAAUAGCACCAGUAACUUUUAUUUAAUUUAUUUUACUUUUUAGCAUUGAAUACCAGAAAGACGGGGUU